CUUUAUCACGAAUCAGUGUGUCGGCGUCUGCAGGAGCACACAGGGGCAAGAGUUCACCGGUCUGUCGCUAACCCGGGGAGUUUCUCUCAGUUUGACGGUCGCUCACCGAGUUUGGAGGCACAAAAAAAAAAAAAAAGAGAGCGAGAGAGGGAGAGAGAGAGAGAGAGAGGGAAAAAAAACCAUAACACAUGUGAUCCACAAAGGAGUCGCUGUCCGCAACACAGCUCCAGCCUUUCCCCCGUGGAUAUAAGUUAACCGCGCUGAAAGUGCCCCGGAGGAGUCGCGCGCGGCGCCUCCACUGACUUUACGCACGGCGGCGAUGGCCGUUUAACCCAAGGGAAGUUGUCUUGAGGUGUUUGCGGGAGAGUGGGAGAGGGCCGAGACAUGAUGUCCAUUGGAGCUGAUAGCUGACACUGUAGAAUGAGAGAGGAUGGAACAGGCGGACAACCCUGCCCCCGAGAGCAACAACCCUAAUGGGUUUGUCAACCGAGUGUUUAAUGUUUCGCUGGACGUGGAGAAUGAGACCAGCAGUGUUUAUAUACAGGAGACUGGGCCUGGGCCUUUGGAGGAGCAGGGAGGGUCCCAGGCUGCGUCCUCUCAGUCCCCUGUCAAGGACAGACAGGAGGUCAACCGGAGGCCCCGCGCCUCCGGGGGCAUCUGGAAGAUCUUGAACCGAAAGAGGGCAGUGUCAGAGCUGGAGCGGCGACCCCACUCCAUGAUCCUGCCAGGGGAGGCCUCCAUCCCUAAACUCUCAUUUGCUGACAAGGUUCGCUCCUUCAAGAAGCUUAAAUCCCCCGCUGUGUUCAGGGGCAGGGCGGGGAAACUGUCCACGGCGAAGUUCAGCAGCUCGUUGGUGGACGAGGAGUCGUUCUGCCACGACAUCGGCACUCCACAGCAGUCCAGCAGGGGCACCCUUCGACACCGUGGCAAGAGGCACUCGUAUGCCGGCUACACCGCAGAAUUUGACUGCUCGUUCGAAGAUAUUGACCUUUCAGCUACUAUAGCCGGCUACCAGCCCACUGUCACGGGAGAGGCUGCGACACAGAAUGGCUGUAAACCAUCUGAAAGAGUCUCCUAUACCAAGAGGAGCCACAACAAUUCAACCAACUGUAACAAAGCAACGGCAGGCUGUGAAGAGGCCAGCGUUAGAGGGAGCCCGCACACUCACCAGGGGAGAGGGAGGAGGCACAAAGAUGUAUGGAGUUACCUGAGGAGGAUUUCCCUCUUGGGGAAAGCCAACCCUGUUUACUCAGAGAGGAGCUUCGAAUCGGAACUUCACUCUCUGGACAAAACCAUCGACUCAGACUACGGCUCUGUAGACUUUGAGACUGUCAGAGACUUUCAGCCUCCGCCCCCGAAACACCCUGACACGAAGGGGCACUUUGGUGGCCUGUUUAAGUUUUUCAACAGCGUGGCGGAGACGGCCAGAAAAUGGCGGACGACGUCGCGUUCGUUCUCGCCUCCGGAGGAGGAGAGGACUCCGUUGAGCUCCCCACGGGCCCCACAGCGCACAGUGGACAACAUCCACAGUGUGUCCCUUACACUACACAGUGAAGGACUUCCAGUAUCCCAGCCUGCCCCAUCUACACCGUUGAACACUAAGUCCAUACACUCCAGUAGCUUCGACGGCGAGGCUACUGCGCCCGUGCCAGGUGGACGAUCCCCUCAGGUGGUCCUGAAAGCCUUUAGGGCGUGCCCAAGAGCUGUCAAUGGUCUCCACAGCUCUGAGGGUACAGACAAACACAUAGACGCAGAGGCAAACCACUGGUCCACAGCCAUAGUAGAGAAUCACAUCGCCCGGUCAGGUCCAAACGCGGAGACGGAAGAAGACGCAGGGGUUAAAAUGGAUCCGUUACACUGUCUCUGUCAAGAGGAAAAGGUAGAGGGGCAGACAGGAAAUGAGCUGGAUUCCAAGGAUGCUCCACCUGACUCCCACCAGACACCGGUAGUAAAUGUACAAUCACAACAAGGUGAUAAAGAGAGUACAACCAAUAGCGUGCCAGCAUCAGAUUCCACCGAGGAAAUAUUUAAGCUGUGUGAGCAGAUUGCCAGCCAGACAGGCUGCAGUGCGAGGCAGCCAGGCUCAGCCAUGCCCCACUCUAGCACAGAGAGGACCUCUGUACACCACAAGCCCCUGCGCCCGCGCCCGGCCUCGGCUGUCCUGGACCUGCGGAGGCCCGACCCGGACCGAGAGCUCUACAGCCAUUACAGUGAGGUCGGCUCACUGUGUCGCCGGAGACGCAGGCCUGCUCCCACCAUGCACCACUCCCCGGGGCGGAGACGGUCGGCUGCUCGCCCCAGGCCCUGCUCCGUCAUAGAGACCAGUGUUACUAGGGAGACGCAGUCCAUGGAGAUGCAGCACAGAGCCUUGUCUCGCCCCCCGGGCGUGUCACCAUUAGAGCCCCCACUCAGGGUGUCUCUCCAGCGGUGCAGCUCCCUGCCGCUUCCCCCCAGCACCCUCACUGCCCUGGCGCUGCUGCUGCCUCGGUCAGACAUGGGUCAGUCGUCAUCGUCGGUGCGUCUGCGGUCCGGAGGCUCCGGCAGCUGCAGGAGGAGGAGGCUGUUGAGACCUGGCUCAGAACCACUGCAGGUCAACAUAUUGAUAAGUGGAGGUUCAAUCGUCAAUGCUGAGGCGGUAUGGGACCACGUGACCAUGGCGGACCGGGAGUUGGCGUUUAAGGCCGGUGACGUCAUCAAGGUGCUGGACGCCUCCAACAAGGACUGGUGGUGGGGCCAGAUCGAUGAGGAGGAGGGAUGGUUCCCUGCCAGCUUUGUACGGGUGGAACCCCACCCUCCUCAGCCCCAAACAAAACAGGUUUUCUAUAUCAACCCCAUAGCAACUCCACGGUUCCAAAACACCACGUCAAAGCUGUGGGUGAACCAGGAGGACGGGGGAGCAGAGCCAGCCGAGGGGACCAGCGAGGUGCAGAAUGGGCACCUGGACCCGACCAAUGACUGCCUGUGUCUGGGCUCGCCCCUCCAGAACCGAGACCAGAUGAGAGCCAACGUCAUCAAUGAGAUCAUGAGCACAGAGAGACACUACAUCAAACACCUCAAGGACAUCUGUGAGGGCUACCUGCGCCAGUGCAGGAAGCGCGUGGACAUGUUCAACGACGACCAGCUCAAGGUCAUCUUUGGCAACAUCGAGGACAUCUACCGCUUCCAGAUGGGCUUCGUCCGAGACCUGGAGAAACAGUACAACACGGAGGAGCCGCACCUCUCUGAAAUCGGACCGUGCUUUUUAGAACACCAAGACGGAUUUUGGAUCUAUUCAGAGUACUGUAACAACCACUUGGAUGCCUGUAUGGAGCUGAGCAAGCUGAUGAGGGACGGCAGGUACCAGCACUUCUUCGAGGCCUGUCGCCUCCUCCAGCAAAUGAUCGACAUUGCCAUCGACGGCUUCUUGCUCACCCCUGUCCAGAAAAUCUGCAAAUAUCCUCUCCAGUUGGCUGAGCUUCUCAAAUACACUGCACAGGAGCACAGUGACUAUCGAUACGUGGCGGCGGCCCUGGCAGUAAUGCGGAACGUCACUCAGCAGAUCAACGAAAGGAAGAGGAGGCUGGAGAACAUUGACAAGAUCGCCCAGUGGCAAGCUUCUGUCCUGGACUGGGAGGGAGAGGACAUCUUGGACAGGAGCUCGGAGCUCAUCUACACGGGGGAGUUGUCAUGGAUCUAUCAGCCGUAUGGACGCAGCCAGCAGCGAGUCUUCUUCCUCUUUGAUCACCAGCUGGUCCUCUGUAAGAAGGACCUGAUACGCCGGGAUAUCCUGUACUAUAAGGGCCGCAUCGACAUGGACCGCUACGAGGUCCGGGACGCCAUAGACGGGCGCGACGACGACUUCAACGUCAGUGUGAAGAACGCCUUCAAAUUGUACAACAAAGACAGCGAGGAGAUCCACAUCUUCCUGGCCAAGAAGCCGGAGGAGAAGAUCCGCUGGCUCAGGGCCUUCCACGAGGAGAGGAAGAUGGUGCUGGAGGAUGAGAAAAUCGGUUUCGAGAUCUCCGAGUACCAGAAGCGGCAGGCGGCCAUGACAGUGAGAAAGGUGACCAAACAGAAAGGUGUAAACAGGUGCACGCCCCCCUCAUACCCGCCCCCCCAGGACCCCCUCAGUGCGGGGCAGUAUGAGGUAACGGAGGACAUGGCACAAGGAGAGGUUUUUGAAUUCAGUCAAUCCAAAAGAGGCCAGGCUCCCUUCUGGCAGAAUUUUAGUAGAUUAGCUCCAUUUAAGAAAUAGAGAUACAGAGACUCUCCUGAAGGACCAGCUAUUUUUCUUAGAAGCACUAAACACUGGAUGAUCAUGUCCCAUGAUGAAGAAAAAUAUGAAAAACAUAACACACACACAUACACACACACACACACAAUGGACUCCGAAGUUAAGGACCAAUGUUAAUAUAAAGUGUGACCUGAAGCAGCAAGAGGACUAAAGACUUGGAUUUUCAAAAAAUUGAGGGGGAAAAACAAAGAAACUCAAUUCAUAUAUGUUAGUAACGUUCUUAGUUAUCAUGCUUCUCCAGCUGAGUCAACUUGUCAUGAACUCCUUCCCUCGGAUUCUGCAUUAUUCACACCACCUGAAUGUCCUGGAGUUAUUGAGAUUGUUACACUGUAUGAUUUCAUUUUUAAAUCCGCCACCUGGAAAGAAAACACGAGGCCAAGCCUGGUCACUCCCAAUAGUAUGAUUGUGUCCUAAAAAAAGACGGCUGAGAUCUUGCUGUGCUGCUAUGUUGCAUUCCCCUGAAUGUGGGACUGAAUGACGACGACGACGACGACGGGCCUUCAGCCCCUGGCUUCGCCCCUGCGUUGGAUCCACCCUGCCUCUGGUCACAGACCCGGUCAGGGCCCCCCCCCCCCCCCUCACAUUUGACGCUCCACACUCCCUUUCUCUUGCCGUCUGCGUAUGCAGCAGGAGCCCUCUGACGUCCACGAGCGUCGCACCUCCCUCUCUUGUCCGCCCUAUCGCUCUACCCACCUGCUCAGCCCUCUGUGAGUCAGUGGCUCUCAGAGGAUGCGCUUCAUUCUCUUGGACGUCUGCCAUUGGCUGUGAUACGAUGGGUCAGGGAACAAAUCAAUAGUCGGAACAUCAAUAGAAUAUUCACAUCCUCUCACCGAGCACUUUUGACAGGGUAUUCAUGUCCAAUCACGCCGAGGGGGGCUGUGGGGUAGCAUUUGACGUAGAGCUCGCCGCUCAGGUGACACAGCUGGGAGCAGGAGAUACGGCGGGCUACGCUCCGCCCGCCUUUUGUGUCAGAGCCCCUCCCCCACUCUCCCCAGAGACCACCCCUGUAGCACUGUGCUGGCAGCUCGCUGGGUGUUUCGGAAAAGAGCGCGGCCUACCUCCAGAAGUCCACCGAGAGCUGAAAGUGAAGUUGAUGCACUGGCCUAAAAUAGUCUCUCUCUUUUUCAUGUCAGCGGUAAAGAGAAAGAAAAAAAGACUUCUUCUUCUUCAGUUGACUUAAUUAUUUUGUAUUGCUCACACUGUAAAAAGCACAGCACAUAUUCAGUCUGAGGAGUACUCUCGUUUCGGUAGGGGCAACGCCACAGUGCGACAAAAUAGGAAGCGCCCUGUCCAGCACAAGGGGAAGUGGUCGGAAACAAUUAUAGAUGAGCAGGAAAACUGAAUGAUUUGUUCGUGAGUCAGUGCUGGGAAAAAAAAGUACACAGCAGAAGUGUUAGCCAAAAAACGCAGGGAGGCCCGAAAGGUGGAUGUACUCCGUAGCAUGCAGGUGUCCUCUGACGGACCCGUGCAUCUCCGAGGACGGCAGCUCCAAAAUCUUGGCACUCCCCCUCCCCUCCCCUCCCCUCCCCUCCCCCCGCUCGCGCCACGUCGUUUUUCCCAGAUCUGAUCCAUGCCCUGGCGCGUAGCUGCGGCACUGCUCGGUGAUUUUACGAAGGACUGUGGCUCCCGAUCAGAUUGAUUUGUUCGAUCAACGUAGGUCCCCGAAGCUGCUGGGCCAGAGCUCCUGCCAUAGAGUCCCGUCAACUGGGGUGUCAGGAAGGAGACGAUCCGCUGAGGAGAAGCUCCCACUUUACACGCAACAUUGAAGGUGUAUUCUUUUUCUACAGUUGGAAUGUAAGUGAAACACCUGUCCACGGUGUGUGCUCAUAUUUUGACCUCAAGUAAAAACUUUGUGUUGAACUAUAUCACCUGAUGGACAGCGCAUAUACAGUAUGACAACUUUGUGCAAUGUGAUAUAUCAUUAUAUACCUUCACUAUUCACUACAACGUGAUAUGAAAGAGUUAUAUAUCGUUCUAUGUCAUUUGUUUGCCUUCUUACGGGCCUUAUUAACCUAUUGGAGACACACACAUAAAAAAAAAAAGACCUUAGAGUUGCUUUGUAUGUUGUGUGACUUCUGUUCUGUUUCAGUAAAAGAAAGUUGAGAAAUGGGUGAGUUGACUGCUGGUGUCUGUAGAGAUGGCUCCCAGUGAGAUUGUUUGUGGAAGAUAACGCCCUCGUCUGGCACAGCAAAAAGAUAUGGUUCCCAGGCCAUGAUAACCUCAGGUCCCGUGCUACGCCCGCCCCCCAUACCCCCGUCCCCCGCCUCCCAACUUCACGCCGCCACCACCACCACCACCACCAGUACCAACAUUCAGACACAAGCAUGCCGACGAGCGCGCGCACACACACACACACACACACAGAGACACACGGACACAUAAUCAUGCACAUACUUGCUGGCCCGUUCUGCUGCGGAGAAGAGAGAUGCUAUCUAACAGUGCCUUCCAGCAUUCCACUAGUGAUUAUCUAUUCAGUUUCACAGGCAGAUUUGAAUUAGUCAUGUAUUUUCCCUUCAGUGUGGGACUUGCAUCUCUUUCUUUUUCUCUCUCUCUUUCUCUCUCUCUCUCUCUCUCUCUCUCUCUUCUCUCUCGUACACACUGGGAAUUCCUCGCUCCUCGGUGCGUGAGAUCCACUCGGACAGAAACUUAGGUCAGGCCUUUUCCAUACGAGUAGAUACUGUGCUGUCUGACUGAAACACUUAUAUAAAAAAUUUAAAAAAAACAACACCUUAUUAUAUAUUAUGUCACACUUGCAUAGCGGUAAUUUUAUUGCACAAAAAGAGACUUUAACUCUUAUUUCAGAUGUUUAGAAACUGUGUAGAAUUCCUUUUACCUAUUUAACAUGCUGAGAAAUGGUUUCAUUUGACUAUAUUGUAGGAAACAGGUUUCCAUUAGUCGAGGUAGGGUUUCACAUUUCAAAGUAUAUUAGUAACCGCGAUGAGUCGCAAGGAGAGUCAUCUAUUUUACCUUUAUCAGCUACACACUGUAAAUACUGUAAAAAGAACAGAUCAUAUAUUUGGAUAUUGGUAUUUUGCGUUGGAGACGAAUGUCGUUCCAGUUCUAGCGUGCGGUAGACCUCAGUACCAGGUAAAAUGCAUGCUUGUGGCAUCCGAUAUUUUGCAUGAGACUUACAACAACUCUUAACAGAGUGUUCAGUUUCAUUGAACUCCCAAUGGGAUUUCUUUUUUCUUUUUUCUUUUUUUUUUUUUACCUCAACGCAGAACCAUUCAUUUGUGAGCCCACACCAUCUCACUGAAGGGAGUUCUUUUCUCUGUCGGCCUGUCUCCUGCUCACUUCACAUCACAGGUUGUAAGCUUCUGUUUUUAUUUUGUGUCAAGUCCCAUUGGGAAACAUCUUCUCCUCGCUCUGAGGCAAAAGACUGAACUGGCGACAGGCGAAAAUGAAAGGCACCGAUGCCCUCUUUGCCCAGAUACGAUGGGUACUGUAAACUGUAACAUUGUUCGAAACCUUUUAUUAUUCCUUUUCUUUUGACUCCAGCCUACGCUGUCAUGGUCCAAACUGCUUGUUAUUCUGGGGUUUUUUUGAAUGCCAUUAACUGCUGAGGCAAAAAAGAAAAAAAGAAAAAAAAAACGGGUAUAAUUUUUCUAUGACAACAGUGAACCAAAUAGGAGUUAGCACCGAUCAUGGGUGUUUGUGUACAGAUUUGUAGUCAAGCAGAAGAGCUGAAUAAAUGUGACAACCUCUCGGGAUGAACUAAAAAUAAACAUAUUCCUGAACACACACACACACACACACACACACACACACACAGAGACACACUACUGCAUUGCAAUUCAUACCAUGCUUUUGUUUCAAACGGCAAAUGAUCCUUCGGAGUACAAUGACUUGACAGUGCAAAUUGAUUCUUCACUUGUAUUUAUUGAAUGCAGUAUUAAAUAGCAUCAUUUUGGCCACACUGUUCAAAGGAUGUAUAUGUUGGUUUUAUUGGUUUUUAUUUAUAUAUAUAUAUAUAUAUAUAUAUAUAUAUAUAUAUGAUUAUCAGUCUGACCAGCACUGCGAGCUGAGAGGACAGCCGGCCUUGCAGUUGUUGUUUUUUCUCUCUCUUUUUUCUUUUUCAAGUCGUAGAAUCAAGAUUAGUUAGCAGACUGUCCAGAUUUUGUUCAGAUAUCUGUCAUUUCUGGGAGUGUGCACGAGCCAGUAACCAGUGCUCACUCACACUUAGCAUAGCAACUUCCUGAGUAGGAACUCCUUGCAGUCGCUUACAUAGUCCUGAGUUGUUUCAGAAUAGUCAGGGUAAAGCCGAGCCAUAUAUCAGUGUGUGGCGUAGGUAAACAGAAGACUGACGUCCCACUUUUGAAAUCUAUCCAUUGUAUAUUACCAUCUAGUUUGAGGUCUGGAUUUUUGCCUCUCACAGAAGAAUUUACACACAGUAUCCUUUGUCACCAUAUGCAAACAUUAGUCAUUUUCUUUCUUGCUGGCCUCUUUUUUUCUUUUUCUUUUUUUUUUUGAGUUUGAUUAUUUGUUGUAGAAAUGGAAAACACCUUAAGAAUAAUGCCUAUUCAAUCCAGAAACUGUGAAUGGGAGAGUGGAGAUGUCAACUGUAUGUACAUUAUAUGUUUUGAUGUAAUCAGAAGCACUGGGAAUAUGUUGUACUUCGCUGUAAAAAAAAUUUAAAUCCAUAUCUGAUAUAGCUGUACUUUUGUUGAAAAUAAAACCUCUACAGAA